AUCUCAUUGAAUCAGCUUGCACCAAUAAAAUUCAAGCGUGUUAAUUGCGCAUAGUUUUUUUUCCCCAUAUUGUUGUGCUGUUAACGGAACGUAAUGUAUCUGAAAAAGAAGGACCACACUCAUAACAAACGUAGCGCAUAGGUGUCUGUCCGCUAACAUUUCUUAAUAGAUUCAUGUUUCCAGUAUGCAAAGACUGAAACAUAUCGAUUUAGGUAUGUAACUUUGUUUGAGAAUAAGGGAUGUGGUGACCAGUACCGACCAAUCAAGAAUGUUAUCAUUACAGUAAUGCGGAAAAUGUUUGCUGUUAAGAAGCUAGGCGCAUGUGGAACCACGUACUAGUUCUCCAAUACAUUUUGUAAAUUAGCGAUUCAACAGAUGUGGAUAUGGCUUUGGUAGUUAGCAGAUAUUGUGCGGUUACAUUUUUGACGGCUCUUUCACUACUAGUGUUAUCAGCAAACUUUUAUUUCGUGUAUGUGAUUGUAGACGAAAGAGCUUCAGGCUCUGCACCUACAAAUACAGAGCAGGUUAAAGCAGACAGAAAUUUGAAUGUCUCAUUAUAUAACAAAAACCGACAGAAACAUGUUAAACGUGACUCAUGGCUGUUGCCAUACAAAAAUGCUACCCAGAGUGCUAUACAGGAAAUUAAGGAAAUAAUCCCAAAGUUGCACAAGAAGUAUUUGCAGAUUUCAUUUUCGUUCAAAGAAAUACUCAGUAAUCUGCUAAAUGAUUUGAAACAAACUAUCAGAGCAUCAAAUAGUUUGUGGGCUGUUGUGGACAAGUGGGUUGGUCCACGUCAGGUAAUACCAGAGAGGUCAUCCUUGCUUGGCACUGUCUUAAACAUGUUAUCUUCAUCAAAAAUUAUUCAUGCUGAGAAUGCACAACGGGGCACACAACUGAAAUUGUUGCUGACGUUGGAAGGGGGUCAUAAAGCAGUAUUCAAGCCUCAGUGGUAUUCACGGUCACAGAUAAUAGAAGGUCCUGUUUAUGCGGGCAAGGACAGACAUAAUGCUGAGGUGGCUGCAUUUCAUCUGUCCUUGCUACUUGGGCUGAGGCGCAGCCCAUUGACGGUUGGACGCAAAAUUAAUUUAAGGAGUGAAGUGAUGCCAGUAGCAGCUGGUAGCCUUCUAGACACUUUCUACCAAGAAGGUAAUGACACGUGUUUAUAUGGAGUGUGUUAUUACUGCAGUCCUCAAGAUCCUGUAUGUGCACACAAAGAUGUCAUGGAAGGCGCACUGAUAUAUUGGUUGCCUGAGUCUUAUAAGCUGAAGAAGUACAGACAUCCUUGGCAGCGCACAUACAAAUUUGAUGCUGUUGCAAGGUGGGAAGUUGAUAAUAACUACUGCACAAAGGUUAUGACUUCACGCUUGUAUAAUCCACAGAAGAGUACUAGAAUUUUAGACCUUAUUGAUGCAGCAGUUUUUGAUUUCCUGAUUGACAAUGGAGAUCGACAUCAUUAUGAAGUUUUUGAUAAUGUUUCUAAUUCAAUGGUUUUGCUUUUGGAUAAUGGAAAGAGUUUUGGACACCCAAAACAAGACCAUCUGGACAUACUAGCACCUUUGUACCAGUGCUGCAUUAUUCGGCAGACAACUUGGGAACGUUUGCGAGUCCUAGCUGGUGGAGCACUAAGUUUUUCCAUGGAGAAAUUGUUGCAAGGCAGCCAGAUAGCACCAGUGUUGACAGCUGCUCAUUUGCAUGCGCUAGAUCGCCGCUUGCUUGCAGUAUUUGCAGCAGUUGAGAUGUGUUUCAACCAUGUUGGAGAAGCAGCUGUUCUAUGGAAUAGCCCUAAUGGAUGAAGUAUCUCUCAAUAGCU